AUGAAAGCUGUAAUUUUAGCACUGGCAUUGACCCUUGUGGGUUGCCAACAACAAAUUGAUCAAACUGACUUAAACCCUGAUAAAGUUUUAUCGUAUAUUUAUGAAUUUCAAAUUCAGAACAGAGUGCCAGGAGAAGGCUUUUCAAGUGCUGGAAUGAAAGCUAAGUGUAAAAUCGAAAUUGGUCAUGUUGAUCAAGACUGGAAGUUUCUACAGGUCCACUCCUUUGAAGCCAUGGAUUACAAUGGCAUGUACCCCAGGACGGACUUUGUUGCAUCACCCAGUCUAUCUGCAAUGUUUGAGAAACAGUUGAAGAAUUUAAUUGUUACCUAUCAAUACAAAAAUGGGCAUGUAGAAAACAUAAUGGCUCCAGGACAUAUCUCAGAAUUUGCUUUGAACCUCUACAAAGGAAUUUUGAAUAUGUUUGAAUGUACCAUCAAGAGUGACCAGAAGAACUAUAAUCUAAGAGAGAAUGGCAUUGAUGGUAAGUGUGACACAACAUACUUCAUUCAAAACACUGAGAAACCAGAUGAAUUCUUGAUGACCAAAACCAAAGAUUUAACUGAUUGUGAUAACAUGGCUUUAAAGGUUGUUGGUGCUGCAUAUGUUACCCCAUGUCAGCUCUGCAGACAGAAAAAUAGGAAUUUUCAAGCCACAGCUACAUCCAACUACAGAAUCAAGGUUCUGAAGGGAAGAAAUGAUAAACUAAUCCUACAAGCCAAUGUUCAAGAAAUCCGACUAUUCACACCAUUCAAUGAACAAAAUGGAAAAAGUGUCAUAAUGGAGGCCAGACAGAAAAUGGAAUUCUUUGAAACCCACAACCGCUUCCCACAAAUACCUAUUGACUUGAAGAAAUAUGGGUCACUUUCAUAUAAUUUUAAAAAUAGUGAUCUUCCUCUACUUCCUGUUCCAUUAUCAAAAAUCAAGAACAGAAACAAGGAGAUUGAAGAUGGAUUGCAUUACCUGGCAAAUGAAAAUUUCCCAAAAGAUGGUAAAAGAUUUAUGCAUCUUGUCAACCUUUUGCGCACAGACAAUGAAAUUAAUUAUUCUGAAGUGUUUGACCCCUUCUUUAGCCAGCCAAUGCAUAGAGCCACCAUUUUGGAUUUAAUUUCUGCUGUGGGUACCUCAGUGGCACUAAAAUAUGUGAGCCACAAAAUAGUUCAACAAGAAAUCACCAGCACUGAAGCAGCCCAGACAUUGCUUGUGUUCUUCCAUUUCUGCAAUGCAUCUGAAGAAGUAGUUGAAGAAGCUAUGGCCAUUGUGACAGAAGUUCUUAAAGGUCCACAGAGUCUCUAUUGUACUUCCAUCUGUCUCUGCUAUGGAACAUUACUUUCCAGAUUCUAUGCUGUCUCAGACACAAUCUCUGACAAAUAUCUCAAGCCUCUGACUGAUUUUGCAACUAAAGCCAUAAGUUCAUCGGAUAUAGAUGCAAGUGUCUUGGCUCUGAAAGCCUUUGGAAAUGUGGAACACCAAAUUGUCUUGAAACCCAUUAUGAAGUAUCUGCAAACUGCUAUUCCCUCUGAUGUUAGAAUUCAACGGAAUGCUAUCAUGGCUCUAAGAAAUCCUGGGAAAAAAGAUCCUAUACGGGUACAAGGAUUUUUACUUCAAAUAAUCAUGAAUUACCAAAUUGCUCCUAUAGUCCGAGCAUGUGGUACCUUUGUCCUUAUGGAAUUGAAGCCAAAGUUGCCUGUCCUGAUUAUCUUAACUAACGCAAUGUUACACGAACCUAGUAUACAGGUUAAAAACUUUGUCUACAUGUACCUGAGCACAAUGGCCAGAAGCACAGCUCCUGAACUCCAAGUGAUGGCUUCUGCUUGCAAGAUGGCUCUCAAUGUACUGUGUGGAAAAAUUCAAGCGCAAGCUGGUUAUCAAUUCAGCAGCUUGUACUUCACUGAGUUCCUUGAUGAAUUUUAUAAGGCUCGUCUAGCAGUAAAUUCAAUCUUUCUUCAUACAAAAGAAAGCACAUCCCCAACAUUUAUAAUGACCAACUUCAAGGCAAACAUCAUGGGCAGCAUAAUUUCUCUUUUGGAGGUGGGAAUUGAAUCAGAAAGAAUAAAAGAAAUCAUAGAAAAACUGCAAGAAGCUAGCAAAGGUGGUGAUUGGAACUCUGAUUCACAGCAGCUUCAAAAAGUGCCUUCUGACCAGAAAAUCAUAGCUGAUGAGUUGACUGUUCUAGAAUUAUAUGUUAAAAUAUUUGGCAAAGAAAUCUUAACUGGGAAUGUGAAGAUGAAUUUAAUUCCACAACUAAUAAAGGCAUAUCAUGGAAAAGUAGCUUUUCCUGGGGCAAAAUAUUUUAUAGAUGUCCUUAAAAAUCGUCAAAAUAUUCGCUGGGAGAAAUAUUUCAUGUCUGCAGAAGUGCAGCGUUCUGUACCAACUUGUACUGGGUUACCUUGGCAAAUAGGUUUGGUCCAUGUUGCUCACACAAAAGUUACUGGAAAUGUUCAGUUAUUGAUGACUCCAGAACCAACAUCAGAAAUCACAUGGCCUGAGAUAAUUAACAUCAAUACCAAACUGAAAACUAGACUGACACUUCGUAUGAAGAAGGACAUGAUCUUAACAGUGGGAACCAUUACACCUGAAAUUCAUGCCUUUCUGGAAAAAAAGGCCACAUUGACGGCAACUGUCCCCAUAAAUGCAGAUGUUACCGUGAAUAUCAAAGAAAAUACCUUCAAACUUGAACUUCCGCCAUGCAAGCAGGAAACAGACAUAAUUUCUCUAAGAUUGAAGACAUCUGCUAUCACAAGUAAUACUGAAGAGGCACCUGCUGCUACAUCAACUCCUGUUUUCCUCCCUAAGAGUCUGUCUAAAACAAUAGAACAGCCCUUUGAUUUCCCAUCAGCAGAAAGGGAUGAAAGAAAGGACAUACUUCCAUCAGAAAAAAAAUCAGUUGAAAAUCUUGAUGCACAAUUGGAAGAGCACUUGGAAUCAGUGCACCAAACAAUGUGCUUUGAAACACGUACUUUUGGUUGUAAGGUUUGCUUUGACUGGGCAACUAUGUAUGAUGGAUGUACUUUAGGAAAAUCUAUAUACAACUUCAUUGGAGAACAUGUUUUCAAAUUAUCCCUCAAGGAAUCUGAUACAAAAGCCCCAAUUCAGAAGCUACAAUUCAGCAUUCAAGGAGGUGCUCGUGCUGCUGAGCAGAUGGUGCCUUUGUUAAGAAAUGAAGAAAAGGAUCUAGUGAUUAAAAAACGGGUAAAGAUCACAUUAAAUACAACUGAGGAGAGCAGUGAAAGUUCAUCAAGCAGUUCUGCUCAGGACAGGGUUUCCAAGAAAAAGAUAGAUCUAAAGCAAGUUCCUACCCAGCAGCAGCAGGAUAAUGAUCAAGAACAACAGGAACAGGAUCAGAAGAGGCAUCAAGGCCAACAGCAUCAUCCUCUGGAAAAAAAGCUACAGCUUGAUGAUACUAGCAGCAGCAGCAGCAGCAGCCGUCAGCAGAAAGGAAGCAGCAGCAGCAGUAGCAGUAGCAACAACAGUGACAGCAGCAGCGAGAGCAGCAGCAGCAGCGACACCAGCAGGAGUGACAGCAGUGACAGCACCCAAGAAAAUAAGCAUAUUAAUGGAAGACACCGAAAGGAGAAGAGUGGCAAGUCUUAUCCAAGUGGUGAGAAAGGUGGGGAUGAAAAGGAGCAAGCCAAGAGGCCAGCUGUCCACUGUGAUGAGAAGCAACCCAUCAAUUCUAACCAGGAGAACUUUUUCCCUGCAAGAGUGCAAGGCCUACAAUGGGCAACACUCACCUUCAAAGAAAGCCAGAUCGAGCAGGAGCAGUCAAGCAGUCCGUCAUCUUAUUCAGAAGCAAGCAGGAAGAAUGAGUUCAGCUUGCAACAGGAGGCAAAAACUCCUGGAGACGUACUUCUGCCAUAUGUCACUGCUGUGGCUGAAGCAGUUAGGAAUGACAGCAAAAAACAAGGUUACGCAGUUUCACUGUAUGGAAAGCACGAUGCCUACAAAACCCAUUUCAAAAUGGCUGCAAGUGAAUUUAACCAAGCUAAGUGGAGAGCAUGUCUUGACAGCCUUUUGUCACCUUUCAUAUUCCAGAAUUCUUUGAGCUGGGGACAUAAAUGCAAGGAUUACAAAAUAGAAAUAAAGAUGUCCAGUGGUCAAGUUGCAAGAUAUGCAGCCAUCCAAACGAUCAUGAAAUGGACAAAGCUUCCUUUCCUCCGAAACAGACAUGCUUCUUGGUCUAUGGAUUUCCUUCCUGAAAUUGCAUAUCGUUUAGGCUUUUCCACAGCUUAUCAGAAGAAUCCUGCCCGUGAGAUUACAUUCAGAAUUAUUGCAAAAUCUCCAGAAGCUAGUGCUGUCAUCUUUAAAGCUCCUGAUAAAACCUUUUACAGGGAUGAUUUCUGUACUGCUUUUCUUUUACCUGACAUCCCAAUUCCAUAUUAUCAAACUCCAAAAUUAAGCACCUUUAAUUUAGCUUCAUGGCUAGACAAAGGAAUUGAAGCUACAUGUGAGGUGCAGGAUGAAAGGAUUACAACCUUUGACAACAAGAUCUUCAACACUAGUAUUGCCAUGAGAGAAUGUGACCUUCUGAUAGUUAAGGAUUGUACUACAUCUGAAAGUUAUAAGCCACAAUUCCUUAUAUGGAUCCAAAACCCCAAACCUGGUCUCUCAAAAGAAAUUCAUAUGUCCUUUAAUUCAGUAGAAAUCAUAAUCCGAGUUUCCUUAGGUACACUGUCUGUGUUACGUAAUAAAGAACCAAUACUAACGAACAGAGAACGAUAUGAGGACAUCAGAGCAAGCAUUGUAAUUUCCAAAACAACCAACACUGUUAUUGUCAAGGCUCCUGAACAUGGCUUGGAAAGUGUGACGUAUGAUGGUGUCAUACUGAGAAUUAUAGCUUCUGCAAAGAUGAAAGGCAAUACAUGUGGACUUUGCGGAGACUACAAUGGAGAAAUAAAACAUGAAUACCUGAUGCCACAUCGAGUUGGCACUGAGCGACACUGAUUUUUUUUCAUUCCUGAACUUCAGCAGACAGUUGUG